AGAACAAUAAUAGCGAAGGGAGCAGAGACUCCGCACUCCCUCCCAGUGGGGGGGCAGAGACCACUCCCCAGUCACUGUGAGCACAGGGACUUUGUCCUCCCCCCACCACCGUGUGAGGGCAGGGAAUCUCUACACCUCCUCCUUGCUGCCUGAAGGCUGGGUUCAGAACUUCCCUCUCCUCCCACCAGCUGGCUUCUCCAUGCAGGGGCAGCCUUCCCAUUGAGUGGAGGGGAGAGUCGAGAGCGCUACCGCCCGGGGGAGCAAAGCUGCACUCAGAGGAUCGCUGAGUUAAGCUGGAUCCCGGUCAGGGACAGUGGGUUCGGCAGGAGCUCGGCUCUCUCUCUCUCUCUGAGCAAUUAUGAUUGGCCUGAAGACGCUGUGUGUGCUGUUCUGUGUACUGGGAGCUGAUGGCAGGGUCUAUACCGGCAGGAAGCGAGGAGUUCAGAAAAACUACAGCACCGCCAUGCAGAGAUAUCGCCAAGGUCCUCACAUGUGCCAAUCACGGUUUGGGAAUGGGUGCUGCCUGGGGUGGAACCCGACACGGGGCAGUGGACUCUGCAUAAUACCUGUUUGCUCCUUUGGAUGUGGUAAUGGUUAUUGCAUAGCACCCAACCUCUGUUUCUGCAGAGGAGGACAACAAGGCAACUCCUGCUCAGAUGGUGGAAGGUCCAGUCACCUCCUCAGUGAUAGUUUAUUAAACCACUCGGACAUUGAUGGAAACCCCCCGUCGUGCCUGAACGUGCACUGUGACCAAAGCUGUGCUCUGAUUGGAGGGAUGCCUGUUUGCAGUUGCUAUGGUGGUUACUCUCUGGGGAAGGAUGGGAAGACUUGCUUUGAUGUGGAUGAAUGUUCCCGAUAUGGUGGACAAAGUCUUUGUCAGCAAAUCUGCAAGAACAGCAUUGGCAGCUACAGAUGCCUCUGUUACCAGGGAUACCAGCUCUUGGCCAAUGGACGCACCUGCAUUACUUCAAAAUAUUUGGGACUAACUGGACUUCCUGGCCACUGUGGGGAAUAUGGCUGUGACCUGAGCUGUAACCAUGGUGGCUGUGAGGAGAUCUCGCGUGUAUGUCCUGUUGGCUUCACCAUGAUUGAGACCAGCAAUGGCGUCAGCUGCAAAGAUGUGGAUGAAUGUGCAGGGAACAGGUCUCCUUGCCAGCAAAGAUGUCAGAAUGUGGUGGGCAGCUUUCAGUGUUCCUGUCAGCCUGGUUUCUACCUGCACAGCAAUGGUCUUUCCUGCACAGAUAUAAAUGAGUGCCGAUGGAUUGGGGAGAGCCGGGUGUGCCACCAUUCUUGCCACAACACCUUUGGCAGCUACCUGUGUUCCUGCCGUGCUGGUUUCCGACUCCUGAGUGAUAGAAAGACAUGUGAAGAUUGGGAUGAAUGCUUAGACAGCAGUCAGAGGAUAUGCCCACAAACAUGCACCAACACAGUAGGGAGUUUCCAUUGUUCCUGUGAAAAUGGAUAUUCACUUGGUGCUGAUAAUCUAUCCUGUGCAGAUGUAGAUGAGUGUGCAAUUCAUGGGCACACACUUUGUGAGCACCAGUGCAUGAAUACUGUGGGUAGUUUCAACUGCAUAUGUUUCCCCGGCUAUGAGUUGCUCUCCGAUGGACAGAGGUGUGGAGAUGUGAAUGAGUGUGAGAAGAGCAACUGCUCCUACCAUUGUGUGAAUACACUGGGCAGCUUCCAGUGCCUCUGUCCACGUGGAUACACUCAGCAUGUGAAUGGACGCAAUUGUCAAGAUAACAAUGAAUGUGGUACUUCUGGAGGUGGCCACUGUGCUCAUAACUGCGUCAACACAGCAGGAAGCUACUAUUGCACCUGUCAUCCAGGAUAUCGGCUCCACUUUGACAGACAUACUUGUAUCCCUGAUGGUACUUGCCAGGAUUGCCAAGGUGAAUGUUCUCCUGGAUUUAGCCUCCUCCCCAAUGGGGUUGACUGUACAGAUAUUGAUGAGUGCCUGUCCAACCCAUGCUCUCAUCAUUGUGUUAACACUGAGGGAAGCUUUUACUGCACGUGCCCUGAAGGAUUUCACUUAAACAUGAACAACACCUGCACAGAAAAUGUGCCUGAUUUGGCUCCAGCGAUGGAGUCUCUGAAGCAGCCUCUACCAGCUGCGAUCUUUGCCACGCCCUGGAAGCCACUGACAUCCUGUUGGCACAAUGGGACCUUGCACCAGGACAGUGCCACCUGGAUAGUGUCUGAGUGUGUGAAGUGUACUUGCCAGCUGGGAACAGUCUCAUGUACCACAUGCCCCACACUGCCUUGUAGCAAGGUAGAGCUGGUGCCUGGGCUUUGCUGCCCAAUUUGCAAGUCCUGCCUUUACAAUGGAAGUGUCCAUACUCAUAACAGCUCAUGGAUUUCAGUGUCCCAGCCCUGUUUGACAUGCUCCUGUCAGGAAGGGCAGGUAUUUUGCCAACCUAUUGUCUGUGAAUCUUCUUGUAGCCAUCAGGUCCAUGAGGAAGGACAGUGCUGUGGAACAUGUGAUAAAUGUCUCUAUGAAGGCAUGGUUGUGAACCAUGAGGAUGUAUUCUCUCCCACCAGUGACAAUUGUACCCUUUGUGUCUGUAUUUCUGGGAAUGUGAAGUGCAUUACCCCUGAAUGCCCACCAGUCACAUGUGAGAAACCCAUCCUCCUGGAUUGUUGUCCUACUUGCCCAGCUGAGUGUAUUGACCAAGGCAUAGUAUAUCCCCAUGGCACAGAAUUCACAAGACCUGGUGUUGACUGCAUCACUUGUGUAUGUUUGAAUGGUGAAGUGGAGUGUUCCUACAGCCCUUGUCCAGUGUUGCACUGUGCCAGAGAGAAUUGGUUUCUGGAGCCUGGCCAGUGCUGCUUUACUUGCCGUCAGGAUAAAAACAUCAAAGGCUGUUUUGUAGAUGACAAUGGCAUUGAGUUUCCAGUCGGGCAAAUAUGGUCACCUGGUGACCCUUGUGAAGUAUGUGUGUGUCAGGAAGAUGGUUCAAUUGUCUGUAAGAGGACAGAGUGCUUGGAGACCUGUGCACACCCUAUAUUGGUUCCUGGACAAUGUUGCCCAGAUUGUUCUGCAGGUUGUACCUAUGGUGGGGUGACCUAUCAGAAUAAUGAGAGCUUCCCAUCAACAUCAGAUUCUUGCCUCACCUGCAUCUGUCUGUCAGGCUCUGUUGCUUGCUCCCCGAUGGAGUGCAAAGUUCGCUGCACUUACCCUUUCCAUUCUGAAGGAGAGUGCUGUCCUCUUUGCAUUGAUUGCAACUAUGAAGGGAGGAAAGUCACCAAUGGCCAGUCAUUUCAGCCUGAAAAUAGACCCUGCUACCAAUGCAAAUGCCAAUUUGGAGAAGUAAGUUGUGACAUUCUGAUGUGUGAACCACCUUCCUGUGAGAACCCCUACUCCAUGCCUGGUGAAUGCUGCCCAACUUGCUCAGUGUGUCUAUAUGAUGGCCAGGUUCUGGAAGAUGGAGGAUAUUAUAUCUCAGCCACUGACCCCUGUGUCGUCUGUCUCUGUAAGGAAGGCAAUGUAGAGUGUGACUGGAAAGGAGAUAGCUGUACAGAGCUGGAAUGUGAAGAGCCUUUACUUCAUAUCCCUGGCAGCUGCUGUCCCAUGUGUCCUGACUUAUCUACUGAGAGCUCAGUGUUGUACCCUCCUAUCACCGACAAUAUGAUCCCUGAGAAACCGGCACCAACACGGUUCUCCCGAGGACAUUGGAGAGCGACAGCUCAGCCUCAUCCCUCUGGCCUGGAUGGCAGGCUGUUAUCUGUGUCUCCUUCAGCCAGUCCCACAGCCAGGCAGCACACCCUGCAUCGGAUUCUGCUGUGGAGUGUCAGGAGCAAGCUAGCGCAGGGAUUCACUGCUUCGCCUGAGAGGUCUGAGAUUGUCACAACACAACAACCAGUGGUUGGACACGCCACAGAAAUGGACAGGAGCACCGACAGUACGGUCCAGGGGCAUUCUGUGACACAGACUGAGCUGCCUUCACCGACAAUGGCCAAAAUCACUUCGCUAAAUGCUUCCAGUUUUCAAGGCUGUUUAUUUAAUGGUGUGAACUACACCAAUGGAUCUCAGUUCAUCCAUCGUGAUGAGCCCUGUCUUCAGUGUCAAUGCUCCGAAGGGACAGUUAUGUGCAAGUCACAGAAGGAGCAAUGCCAGGUCCUGCAGUGUGAUUUACUGCAGCAGGAGACACCAGUGGGCCAAUGCUGCCCAGUAUGUGUUGAUUCACUGUGUGCGCACCGGGAUCAUGUACAUGAGGGUCAGACUCACUGGCUGGAUGGCUGUAAUCUCUGUCAUUGUAACAGUGGAACUAUGGAGUGCCAUCCCAAGCCGUGCUCUCCUCCCAGUUCCUGCCCAGCGCAGUCUGUCUUGUCCCAGCCUGAUGGAGAGUGCUGCAUGAGCUGUGUCCCGACAGCAAGACCAAAGGGCGCUUCAUGCACUGUGUUUGGAGAGUUGCACUUUACGACCUUUGAUGGAAUCAUCUCUAACCUCAAUGGAACCUGUGCCUAUCUUUUAGCCCAGGAUUGUGUGUCAAAUCAUUUCAAUGUAGUUUACCAGAGUAAUUGGAAUGACAGUCUCACUGAGCCUGGGAUAAAGAAGUUGAUUGUAAAGAUUGAAAAUAGAACAAUCCAGCUUACAGAAAAGAAUCAAAUUCGAAUUAACAACACAGAAGUAGACCUUCCUUAUGCUGAUGCAGCAGGCAUCUCCAUCCAGCAUUCAGGAAUCUAUGUAACUUUAAACUUACUGGAAGAUCUUAGCAUCACCUGGUAUGGGAAAGGUUUUGUAGAAAUCAAUGUCCCUGAAUCGUUGCAAUCAAGAAUAUGUGGACUGUGUGGCAACUGGAAUGGAAACUCAUCCGAUGAUUUUGUGUUACCAAGUGGAGAAAAGGCUUUGCCCCCUGUUGGGUUAGGAAACGUCCAGCCCAUCAGGGUGAAUAAAGAGAGACUAUGCAUGACUGAAGAUACUGAGGACCCGUGCAAUGGAACAAUACUUGCUGAUAAACACGCAGCCAACACGACUUGCAGCAUUAUCAUGGGUCCCUUAUUUCAGGCAGCACAUGAGAGUGUCGAUCCUCAACCUUAUUACCAAGCCUGCCUGACUGACCUGUGCAGUUGUGUGGAACGGACAUGGUGCCUGUGCAGUUUACUAUCAGCAUAUGCUUUCCGUGCUCUGAGAAAUGGAAUCAUCUUAAACUGGAGAAACGAAACGCUGUGCGGUGUAACUUGCAACGGUGGCUCAAGUUAUACUGAGUGCAGCUGCCCUCAAACCUGUUCGACCUACCUACAACCAGAGACACAGUGCUCCACAAGCACCUGCGUGCCUGGCUGCAAGUGCCCUGCAGGUCUGUUCAUGUAUCAGUCGAAUUGUUUGCCACCUUCACUGUGUCCAAUGAAAUCACUCUACGGCCAGAGAGGGGCCUCCUUCUUCCCAAGUUUGUGAUGGUGCAUAACAGUGGUCCAUUUAUACCCACGGUUUACCUGAAGUUACUACAAAUCUUCCUGGUUUGAUGGUGGAAAGGUUGGUGAGCCCUCACUCAAUGAGUGUGGACACUACAGCUGGCCUGGGACUGGAAGAUGUACACUGGAGUACACUGGGCGUACACUGGUGACUUUGUGAAGCAUUUUAGACUAGGUACCAAAACUGUGAACUACUGAUCAACAGAUUACUGAACAGAACUUUAUUUAUUCAGAUGGUACAGCUCCAAUAUUAUUACCUCAGUAAAAUUGAGAACUACUCUGUACAGUAUUGUAUAAAUCUUAUUAUUCCUUUCAUCAGAGUCUUCCUAUGGAAUGUCUUACUUGAGUUGAUAUUAGUUUUGUACAUGAAAUAAG